AUGAGACAGGCCACUUUCCUUCAUUUUUUCUUGGGAACAUUGGCUUGCUUGAGUGCAUUCUAUGCCAAUGCAGAAGAUCCAUACAGAUAUUACACGUGGACAGUCACAUACGGCACCAUUUCUCCCCUUGGAGUUCAACAAAAGGGUAUCCUUAUUAAUGGACAAUUUCCGGGCCCUACAAUUGAAUGUGUGACUAAUGACAACAUCAUUGUAAAUGUCAUUAACAAGCUGGAUGAACCCUUCCUCAUCACAUGGAACGGAAUCAAACAAAGAAAGACUGCAUGGCAAGAUGGGGUGCUUGGAACAAAUUGUCCAAUCCCUCCAAAUUCUAACUGGACAUACAAGUUCCAAACCAAAGAUCAGAUCGGAACCUUCUUCUACUUCCCUUCGACUCAAAUGCACCGAGCUUCCGGCGGUUUCGGCGGUUUCAACGUUAACCACAGAUCCGUGAUUGCAGUCCCAUACCCAAUUCCCGCCGAAGAAUUCACCGUGCUUGUUGGUGAUUGGUACAAAGCUGGCCACAAGGAAUUACAGAAGAAAUUGGACUCAGGCUCUUCUCUUCCUCUCCCUGAUGGCCUUCUCAUAAAUGGGCUUCCUCACCAUGCCACCUUCACUGGACAAAAAGGGAAAAGCUACAAGUUCAGGAUUUCCAAUGUGGGAAUAGCUACUUCCAUUAACGUCAGAAUUCAAGGCCAUACAAUGGUACUCGUUGAAGUUGAAGGAUCUCAUACUAUUCAAGAAGCGUAUGAGUCAAUUGACGUUCAUCCAGGCCAAUCAUUGGCUGUUUUGGUCACGUGCCAUAAUCAUAUAAAGGACUAUUUCAUUGUUGCUUCUACCCGUUUCACAAAGCCUGUCCUCACUGCCACUGCAAUUCUUCGCUAUGGUGGCUCUACCACCAAAGCCCAAGGGCCAUGGCCAAUUGGUCCAACUUACCAACUUCGUUGGUCCUUGUUACAAGCCAGGACAUUCAGAUUGAACUUGACAGCGAAUGCAGCCAGGCCUAAUCCACAAGGGUCAUUCCAUUAUGGGACAAUAAAGAUUUUAAGGACAAUAGUUCUAGCAAAUUCGCAAGCAAAGAUCGGUGGGAAGCUUCGAUAUGCAGUUAACAGGAUCUCCUACGUUGAUCCAAGCACCCCAUUGAAGCUCGCUGAUUAUCUCAAAAUUCCUGGUGUAUUUAAGCUCAACACAAUCAAGGACACGCCCACUCCAGGCCCUGCAAUCCUCGGCACCUCCGUUAUCAACACCACCCUCCACGACUUCAUCGAAAUCGUCUUCCAAAACAACGAGGCCGCCGUUCAGUCUUGGCAUUUGGCCGGAAAUAGUUUCUACGCUGUUGGAUACGGAGCUCGUCAAUGGAAACCUAGGCGGAGGAGAGGCUACAACUUGGCAGAUGCUGUAUCUAGACACACCGUUCAGGUAUAUCCUAAUUCCUGGAGUGCUAUACUAGUGUCGUUGGACAACAAGGGUAUGUGGAAUUUGAGGUCUGCAAUCUGGGGACGGCAAUAUUUAGGGCAACAAUUGUAUGUCAGAGUUUGGAACACUGAACACAGCCUCUUCACUGAGACUGACGUCCCUCCAAAUGCUUUAUAUUGCGGCAAGGCUAAACGAAAAUAG